AUGGACAUAUCAUUUAGUAGUGAGGUUUGCAUAGAAAGAGCAAGGAAACGCAGAAGAAGUAAUGAUAUAAAGGAUGGCGAAAAAGAAAUUAAUAUUCAGGUUAUUGUGCGUUGCAGAGGACGUAUUGAUCGUGAAAUCGCCGCAAACGCACCGGUCAUUAUUGAAACGAACUUUCGCGAGGUACAAUUAAAAUCACCGGACAAAGUACUCAAAACGUAUACAUUCGAUAGAGUUUUUGGACCAGAGGCAGAUCAAGCAAAGAUUUUUGAUCAUAUCGUUAUCCCUAUUUUACAUGAGGUUAAAGCGGGUUACAAUUGUACUCUGUUCGCCUACGGACAAACUUCAACUGGCAAAACAUAUACGAUGGAGGGUAAUUUAGACAUUGCGAACGGUCAAAUGAAUAAACAUGCCGGUAUUAUUCCGCGUACCCUCUUUAACCUUUUUCAGGAUUUAGAAGCAGAAGCUCAAGAUUUCUCAGUCAAGAAUGCAGCUGAUGGAAUACGAGUUUUGAAGCAAGGUUCUGUUAAACGACAUGCUGCACAAACUAAUUGCAACAAAAAUUCAAGGUAUCAUAAGAAGACCAUGGCAGAUGGAGAAGACUUGCUCAAGGUCGGAAAAUUUAAUUUGGUGGAUUUGGCAGGCUCGGAGUGCAUUGGCCGGUCAGGAGCUGAAAAUAACAGAGCAAAAGAAGCUGGAAAUAUAAAUAAAAGUUUACUGACGUUGGGUCGUUGUAUAAAUGCCCUUAACGAACGUUGCUUACAUAUUCCCUUUAGAGAAAGCAAGCUGACUCGUCUUUUGCAAGAUUCUCUUGGAGGCAAAACUAAAACAUGUAUUAUUGCAACAGUAUCUCCCGCAAAAUCAUGUUAUGAUGAGACCAUGUCAACUUUAGAUUAUGCUUACCGAGCAAAGAACAUUCGUAACAAGCCGGUUGCUAAUCAACGUGUCACGAAGAAGGCUUUGAUAAAAGAUUAUAUUAAUAAAAUCGAACGCCUGGAAAUGGAUUUGCGAGCUACUCGUGAUAAAAAUGGAAUUUUCAUGUCAGCAGAAACACAUCAAUUCUUAGUGAAUGAGAAUAAGAGUCGAAAAGACGAGUGUGAAGAAUUACAAAAAGAAAAGGAAAUGCUAGUCGAAAAAGCUUUAAUUGAUCAUCAACAUCGAAAGAACCUCCAAGAGUUACAGACAAAAUUUAAUGAUUUAAAGGCAAUGAGCAUGGGAUUUGGAUCAACUGUUUCCCGUAAAAUAAAUGAUGCUUAUAAGGAGCGUACAAAGGAAAUAUCGGAGUAUCAUAAAUAUAUUGAUGAACAACUCGAUAGAUUUGAGCAACAGAAAAAUAUGCUUGAACAAAUUUUUACUAGUGACGGUAAUGUUGUCACCACCUUUUUUGGUGAAAUAAACAAACUUCGUAAAGGGUUUCAAGAAGCUGCAAUUAAAAAGGACCAAGGAUUACGCAAGGAUUCUGUUACUAUGCUCAAAAGUUUGCAUGAUGAGUUGGCAGGUCAAUCUAUUAAGAUGCAAACUUACCAUGCCAAGAUCGAUGAGGAGAUAUCUACUUUGGUGACUACAACGCAAGAGCAUAUCGAUUCUCAAAACCAGGCCAUUAUUGCUUGUCAAAAUAUUACUGAAGAGGCAGCUAAGACGGAGACUCGUUGCCUCGAAGAACAUAAUGAUUUAUUGGAUAAUGCCAUAAAAAAAGAAUGCAACAUUGCGACAAACUUGAACGAAGAAUUAUUGGACAUUAUCAAAAAAGAACUUAACAAAUUUACCAAUGCUCAAAUCGAUAGACUCAAGGAAACUUAUGAUAAAGGUAUGAAGACAUCCAACACAAAAUAUUUAAGCGGUCACAAAUCACAAUAUUCGUCUACAAAGGAGAACCUCGCAUAUCUUAUAAAGGAAAGUAAAGUAGAUUUAUCCGCAAACGUCAAUAAUAUAACGAAAGGAAUGUCCUCACAUUUGGACAAAUAUAAAAGUUUAAUUGAAUCAACAUUGACUUCUUUGGAACGAUUGACUGUCUCAGCAAACGAUGAGUCAUCCGAACUUCAUAAACAACUUGUCGAGUUAUUUAAGUCAUUUGCGUCCGAUGUUACUCAAUGCUAUUCGUCUCUUCAAAAUAAAAUGACGAAGUCACAAAUGGAGCUUGAAUCAAGUACACUUCAAUUAAAAGAGAACUCGAAUGCACUAACAAAUUUUUAA